UAGUGGCAUUGAGUAUUUUGGGCAAUUUUACGUUAUCAAACGUGAUUUUCACAGGAGAAAAAGUGUGAUUUGUAAAAAAAUUGUGAAAAAAAAGAAAAACGAGAAAAAUAAACAUUACUAUUUAUUGUUAUUAUCUUCAACAUUUCCAAACAACAAUAAAUAAAUAAAUAAAGAUAUACAAAGAAGAAAUUUUUUCGUGCAUGAGGCAUACUUAGAAGAGUAGAGUGAAAAAUAAAUUUAAAUAUUAACCUAAAAUAAAUUUCUAUCUCAAAAAAUAAUAAUAAAAUAACGAUAAAUUUCCUCAUAAAUAAAAUAUAUAUAUAUAAAAUAAUAUAAAUUGUAAAAUAUUACAUUAAAUUAGAAUUAAUUAAUGUAAAAAAUCGAUAAAGUGUAAUUUAUUUGCCAUCUAACGAAAUAAAUUAAAGUCUAAUGUGUAUACUACGGCAACGACGAUAAAAGAAGAACCAAAAGAAGGGAAAUUUAACAGUAAAUUACAAAUGUUCGUACAGAGACACACGUUGUCGUUGUUGUUGUUGGGUUUUUGAAAGAAGAUUAAUUACAGAAAUUUAGUAAUUUGACAGAGUGUGAUUAAAUAAAUGAAAUAAAACGAUUGAUGAAUGAACGCUGAUAAAAUAGCGGAUCGUAGUGUACUGUAGUGACACAAAAUAUAAACAAAACAGCACGUGAAAAAUGAAUUAUUAUAAUAAUAAUUGUGCUAUUAUUGUUAUAUGACUGCAAGAGUGAUAAAUUACACACACAAGAAAAAAAAAUAUAUUAAAUAUAAAUAAAAAAUAUGGAAACACACAAUCAUCAUCAGAUGUUAUACAACAACGGUAACAACAAGGAUUUGAAUUACAUUUCUCAUUCAAGUCAUUUGCCGCAGCAGCAACACCAUCCUCCUCAUCCACAAUAUAGUAAUUUAAUGUAUAAGAGUAAUAAUAAUAAUUUACUUGGUAAUCCCCAUCAAUCACAUUACGACAUGAAUGACCAAACGUUCCAUACGCCCUCAUUUGGCGACGAGGAAUUCGACAUUCCCCAAUUUAAUCAUCAUCUAACUUCAAUGGACCAAAAUCACCAGUACCACCAGCAUUUAGAUCCGACGCAGCAACAGCAGCAGCAGCAACAACAACAAGCGGCACCGCAAUACGUUCAACAGCAAUGGCACGACAUGAAUGCUGGAGGUGGCUACGGGAUGCACCAGCAAUCGCCGUACAUGCAGCAAAUGGGUCAGCAGCAGCAGCAGCAGCAGCAACAACAAAAUAAUCACUAUCAAUCAGCGGCACAGACUCAAAUGCCGCCGCAACACAUGUCGUCGCCACAAGGAAACAGUAAUCAAACGGGUGCCCCGCCAUCGUCGUAUCACGCCAUGGGUCAGAGUCCCCAUCAUGGCAUGCAACAGUCGCAGCAUCAGCCGCAGCAGCAGCAGCAAAACAAUGUAAUCGUCGAGAAUGGCAUCGGAAGCGAGGAUAGUGACGACGCGAUUCCGGCAACAACAUUGAAACGACCUUCACCCGAUCACUAUUCCGACAGCGGAUUGCACCAACAACAACCGUACGCGACAAACGGUGCCGGCUCCAUGGUGGACAGCAAAACUACGAAUGCCGCCAAGAAGCAAAAGGUCCCGAAGAAAAAGAAGAAAAAAGACCCGAAUGAGCCGCAAAAACCCGUGUCCGCAUACGCACUCUUCUUCCGUGAUACACAAGCUGCCAUCAAAGGACAAAAUCCGAAUGCCUCCUUUGGCGAAGUCUCCAAAAUUGUCGCAUCGAUGUGGGACGUCCUGGAUACGGACUCGAAAAAUGUUUACAAGAAACGAACUGAAGUUGCUAAGAAGGAAUAUUUGAAGGCAUUGGCUGCUUACAGAGCGAAUGCAGUGUCAAAAGAAUCAAGUGAGGGUUCGCCAUCGCAAGACAGCGUCUAUUCACCACCACACGGGCAAUCAAAUGCUCCCCCGGCUCAAAUGCAAUCCCCACCUCAACAACAACCCCAAAUGGAUCAUCUUCAAACGGGAAUGUCGUCGCCGAUGCAAAAUUCCUACGGCCAGAACAUGUAUCAGCAGCCUGCUUAUCGAUCGCCACAACAAAUGGUUCAACAACAAAUGCAUCAGCACUACAAUUCCCCACCUUCUCAGACGCAAUUUGAUCAGCACCCAAUGAACCAUCAUCAAAUGAGUCCUCCGCAACAGCAACAGCAGCAACAACAACAAAUGAUGUCGCAACAAAAUCACUAUCAGCAACAUCAACUUCCACCUGGCAUGCCCCAAAAUGGCAGUCCCGCUCAUCAUCCGGGGCAAAAUCCCAAUCCCGGACAGACAAUUAUGGAACCCAAUGGCACAAUGACGUGCAUUCGUCAUGGAUGCCGAAAUCCGGCGAUCGUUAGUUCAGAUUGGGAAGAUGAAUAUUGCAGCAAUGAGUGUGUCAUUACGCACUGCAGAGAUGUUUUUGGAAAUUGGGUACAAACAAACCAGCAACAACCCCAAACGUACUCAGCAGUUAAAUAGAAAACGUAUUUUAAUUUGUAAAAAAAAAUGCAGAUGAUGAUCGAAAAUAUUUUAUGAUGGGAAUUGUCGUUCUCCACGCAAUUUAGCAUGUUAAUUAUAAAAAAUUCUUGUUGGAUUCACAAAAAAAAAAAAAUAUCAAAAUUCAUUUGAAAUGAAUGCAAACUUUAGCAAUUAAUAGAUUUUAAUAUCGUUUUUAGAUUUUAAAGCAUACAAUUAACGUCACAUUUGAAAAAAAAAAUAAAAAAAAAAACUAGAAUUAAGUUUUAAAUGUAAUUAGAAGAAGAAGAAGAACUAUUUCAUUCAUAUUCAUUGAAAAAUAUAUAUUAAUUUAAUAAUUAUUUUAAA